AUGCCACGGGAAAUGUAUGACGUCGCAGAGUGCGACGACUUCUGCUUGGCAGUUAUUAUGGCGGCUUGCGCCACCGAGGCGGCUGCCAUUCAGUGGUGUCUAAAGGUAGGCCUUUUACCUCGCAGUAGAGACUGCCCGUCAUGCGGCGAGGCCAUGCGCCUCUCCCCGAACGGCAAGCGCUUUAGAUGCUGCCGUUCUGGGUGCCGCUUGGAGCGGACGUACAAGAAGGGCUCCUUCUUCGAGGGCCAAGGACUCACUAUCCAGGACGCGGUCCUGCUACUUUGGCUUUGGGCUAAACGAGAGCCCAGCACGCACGCACAGCAAAUGACGGGCCACAGCUCGCACACUUUGACUGACUGGUACAGCUUCUGCCGCGACAUUUGCUCGCGCGAGAUGCUGCGCAGUCCUAUGCAGGUUGGGGGACCAGGCCACAUAGUCGAAAUUGACGAAACAAGUAUCAAGAAAAAGUCGAAGAACAACGUGGGCGCCCGCCACCCUGACUUCUGGCUUUUCGGAGGCGUUGAACGCACGACCAACAUGUUCUUCGCGAGCGUCGUAUACGAGGAUCGCACGAAGCCUCGACUGUCCGCUGAAAUUAGAAAAUUUGUCCUACCGGGGUCCCACAUCAUGAGCGACAUGUGGCCGUCUGGGUCAACCAUUCGACCAACUUCGUGA